AUGUCGCGUGAAACACAUAACACUUGGGGCCACGGUGGGAGACUUCUUCAGACGGUUAAGCUCAUCACUGAGACUUUUGGACCUGGCACGACAGUGAUUCAUCUCAUGGAUGCAGAUCGCCAUCUCCCCCGUGGGGCUGACACCACUUUGCACCCAGGCGUUGGAACGGAUCUUGUCGUACUCGUUUAUACUCGUGUUGCCUUCAUUAUUGGUGCUGGACUCGGGGCUCCGUUGGCUGAUGAUGCUCCGUUCCACAUCAAAGAGACGGCGUUGCGAGUCCUUCAACCGGAUAUUCACACGAUUUAG